UUAACUUUAACCCCUGCAUCACUCAGUACAUAGAGAAAAAUAAUUUAUAAAGAGACACGUCUAUUGGUUAGCUUAUAGUCCUAUGGAGCGUCAAACGAGCACAAGCACGGAUUGGGUGGACCUAGGGAAAGGUUUGGGAACCUCUUUUCCCAUCACUGACAUAGUUAUUGUCAAUAAGAAAGAGAAAUCUGGUGAAUAUCAUGUGAUAGAGAACAGUUAUGAUGGCAAAAGAGCCAACUUCUCUGAAGGUGGCUUUCUAGGGAAAACAACACGUUACAUCUGCUUCUCGAGAGCUACUGGACAAAGAGGGUUUCUGUUUGUGACUGACCUGAAGGUUCUACCAAGUGGCGACAGAGCUCCUCUGGGCUACAUGCCGCUCACAACCACCAUGGAUGACAACGCCAAGAGCUUCCAAUCUAAACAGCUGCUGGUGAAAUUCACCCCUCAGACAGAAGCCACGGAAGUAGUUACUGACCUCUUGGUGCUCAGUGUCAGCAAGAAGGAGGACGUACCCACAGGCUACAAGAGACUACCAGAGAUCAAUGGUUUCAGUAUUUGUUUCAAAGUGGGUCCCAUCAAGAAGAAAGGUGAUGGCAAGUCAACUGUGGAACCCACUCCUGUACAACCAUCUCCUUCAGUAGAUACGAUCUCGCGUCCUGUCUCCACUCUCGGUGGGAAGAAGAUCAGGUCAGCUGUGGAUGGACUUCAGUUUAAGCUAUCUGAUGACAGUGGUGUGGAUAAUCUUGUCAAGUUUGCCAUUGGGAAUCUCAAUAUGUUAUCUCUGCAAGAUGUGGAAGACAAGUUUGAUCACGACUUCUCCAAGUGGAACUCGCUUCUCAGACAGAAAGCAGAUAAAUCGAGGGUAUCGCUGGUAAGGGCCAAGGGUUUAAAGGUCAUUAUAACUUUUCUAGUGAUCAAAGACGUACAGAUCAGAAUGGCAGAAUCCUCCUACCAAGCAUCCUCUACGACUGAUGCAAGGACCAACAGGGACUCCAUCAAAAAAGGCUUUUACGAGUUCAAGCGAUUUGCCUCCACCAAUUUCACCAGAGCUGUUCAGUAUGUGACUGAGAAGACUGGCAAGGCUAGUGUGGUGACGGAGUAUGACUCAGAUUACGAGACCCUCUGUUCACAGCUGGACCUCAUCAAAAAUGCCACAGAGAAAAUGGUGUCUUAUGUGGAGACUGUUGCUGAACCCAACCCUAACAUUCGCUGGGAGACCUGGGCGAGACAGAAAAUAGACAAGCCUCGUCCUGACCCCCCCAGUGGCCAUUCUCUCCUCAGCAACGAAAUGGCAAAGGUAGCUGACACCUUUGGAUCCGACACUCAGUAUGGUGCGUACCUCAUGGGAUGCUCCAACGUAGAGAAUAAAUUGGCCGAGAGUCAAAAGAGGUUCAAGGAAACUGUAGCCUCAGAGUACAUCAUUCCUCUCAGGGCAUUCUUAGAGGUCGACAUCAAGGCAGUGCUGAGAGAGAGGAAGGUUGUGUCAGUGUUGAAGUUGGACCUUGAUGCUGCUCUUAACAAAGCAAAGAAAGCUCAAGCAGAUGAAAAACUUCAAGCCGCUGAGGAAGAGCUACGCAGCAUUCAAGCAGACUACGACACCCAGCUGGACAAAACGCGAACAUCUCUGCAAAGAAUUGUGGAUACCCACGUGAACCACAUGGGCUACAUGAGGAAGUUUAUGGCUGCUCAGAAGGCCUAUUACUCUGAGUGCCAGGCUCAUCUGGAGAGCGUUGAGGGCAUCCCCUCUUUCAGUGCUGCCAAUGCUUCGGCAACUGAUGAGCCAAAGAGCACGUUUUCUUUUGAAGGUGUUGAGUUGGAUCAGGAGGAGGCAUACAAGGGAAAGAUGCUCUAUGACUAUGAGGCCCAGAAAGAAAAUGAGCUCACAGUUAAUGCAGGGGAGGUUCUCAUAGUGUACCCUAUACCGAACGAUGAUGACUAUGUGAUGGGAGAAUACAAUGGAAAGAUAGGGAGGGUUCUCUCAACCUACAUUGAGAAACUUUAGUCGCUUAGCACAAAAAGAGACCGUCUUAUUUCGUAUAAAUUAGUAGCUGUGUGAUCGUGAUCUUACGACAGGACAUUACGAUUGUGUGUUUGUUUUGUACAGGUAUAAUACAUGUAGUACAAUUGAGAUUGUUUUUUG